AUGACUGAAGCGGGUGCGAACGGCGUCGCGAGAGCUGGCCUGGACGAGACCGCGAUUAGAGCCGCCCUCUUUACCUCGUCCACCAACACCCGGACCUCCCAACUUCGAGCCAUUGACGAGAGGCUGAAGCACAAAUCUAUCGACGAACCCUCCAUACGAACGCUUUUGCAGCUUCUCUUCGAGACUCAUACUCUAUACGGCGAUCGCCCCUCCAGGAGAGCCGUCCAGACAUGCCUCUUGUCCAUAUUUACCACCACGAGCGAUACUAGAACCCUUGCGCCCUUCGUCACCUACAUGCGACACGAGUCACACAAACCUGGAAUCGCCGCCAACAACGCUUUUGCCCUAGUCGAGUGGUGUUCCAUUCUCUUCGGUUGCAUAGCUGACACGCCACUCUGGAAUGCCUUUGGACUGGACAUCGUUCACACCAACGCUGCUGCCCUUGAGCGAUGCUUCCAGCCGCCCACCAGACGGCACGUGGCACAUUCCGCCUUGGUCAUCACACGCCGUGGACUGCGCGCCGCCUUCUGGCGCAAUGGCCUCCGAGAGAAGACCGUUCAGGAUACCGUUCAGGCUCUGACAGCCAAGGGAGCCCAACCCGCCGCGAGGAAUGCUGUCAUGCUUGGUGUUGUUGCUGGCGUCUGUGCCCGCCAUGAGCAGGCCAAGGCUGUCUUAGCUGCCCAGAAACCCGACUACUUCAGCUUCUACGCGCGGGAGGUUAUAGGAUCACGCACUGCUGUGCCCGCUCACAUUGCUACGGGUCUCGGCGAUUUCUUCUCCGCUUUCGUCACUCUAGAGGACCUGAAGAAGGAUGUUGUGCCCCCGAUCGAGAAGGGUCUCCUGCGAGCCCCCGAAGUUGUGUUAGAUGCCUUGGUAUGCCUGCUUCGUGUGCUCCCGGACGACUUGGACCUCUCCCACAUUCUGGGAGGGCACCUUCUGAAACCACUGCUGUCCAACGUCAAGUCGAGUAACCCCAGCAUCCGUGACGGGGUGCUAUCUGCUUUCAAGGAAGCGGCAUCCCGCAGUCGUGACCCGAAGGUAAUCGAGCAGGUUGCUGAUGAGGUGCUCAAUCCACUGAAGUCGGGGAAGCUAGCUUCCGCCGAUCAGCGCAUUCUGCACUCCGAGAUGCUUCGGAACCUUGCUCUGUCUAGCUCGGUCGCAACCAAGAUAGCUACCGCUUUACCACCAGUUGCCUCCAAAGAAGGGAAUGAGGGAGCUUUGGGCGCCGAGAUCUCUGUUGUUAGCCAGGCCUUGUGCCAUCUCGUGGAUAAUGAUAAGGAUCUACCAAAGCCAACGGUCGAUGCCUUCGUCAAGGGCCUCAGCGACAAGAAGAUACCCUCGCGCCGUCUAUGGUUACUUCGGACCGGGGAAGUACUGCUACCCUCUACUAGCAACUUAAAGUCGGUACCAGCCAGCCUCGCCAAAUUUGCCGAAGCUGUUGCGGCACCAAUGACUGAUACGUGGGCCGAAGUCUUGAAGAACCCUUCCGCUGCUGCUCAAAACGGGUUGAUCACUGGCGCGUAUGUCUUGUCUACGCUGGCCCUUCAGAUGUUGCCCAGAAUCGAUAGCUCUGCCACGAAGGCAAUUCUAAAGAAGAUUGCGGCCCCGAAGGAAUGCCUCGCAGCUGAUCCAAAGUCUUCGUUCCUGCUCAACCACAGAGUGUAUAGCCGUUUGGCUACUGAGGAUGACUUCGGAUGGUUCCUCAGAGCACUCGAGGCUAUAUUCGCUGAUAUUACCAAAGCACCGCAUUCUUCCCAGGUGGCUUGGUCCCAAGCACUUAUUUAUAUCGUCUCAUCUGCGGCUGUGCCCCCCAAGCUACGUAAAGAAGCCUGCCAGGUGAUUUCUAGACUUUAUGCACUCCACCCUCGAUCCCUUUCAGAGAUCAUGGUGGACGGACUUUGGCGGUGGGUGGAAUCCACACAGAGCGGUGAAAAGGACAGCGUCGCUGCCAGUGCCAAACUCGACGAGACUAACUUGCAUCUUGUCUUGCGAUCCAUCUGCCCUAGUGUCGAGGAGCUCGAGAAGGCUGGUGCCGAGAGAGACCAAGACUUGAUGGAGACUCAGAUGUGUUCACUACUCGUCCUUGCUCGCAGUGACCUGAUACCGAGGUCAAACUGGAUAGACCUUUGCCUCAGGGUUGGUCUCGACCCUGGGUCUCUGGCACAGAAGUAUGAGGAUAUGUUGAUACAGCAGGUGAUCAAGAAAACAGAUUUCAGUCAGAAGGUGAGCUGCAACAGUGUUCAACGUGUCGAUGAUAAAAGACUAAUGAGUUGUCAGUCAAACGCCAUCAAGGCUGCUGCUUGCAACGCGGCUGCUGAUCUGGCCUUUGUGGCACCGGAACUCAUGACACCGAAAAUCAUCGAGCUCAUUAAGACAGACUUGGCAACAACAGAGCUCACGGAAAUUGGACCCGUCGAGGCUGCUAUUUUCCGAACGCCAGAGGGAACGGCUUUCAUCGACGUGCUUGCCAAGAAGGCGCAGACGCUUCCAAACAAGAACACCAAAGACUACGACACACUCAAGUGGGAGGAGGAACUUAGAAGCCAGCUUGCCCAGAAGAAGGGUCUCCAGAAGAAGCUGUCUGCUGACGAGCAGGCCAAGGUCAGUGCGCAACUGAAGAAGGAAUCCGAAAUUCGACGUUCCAUCCAGCAGCUGGAAGCGCGGCUCAUGCGUAGUGUUGGUAUCGUCAAAAGCCUCACUCACGGGCCGCCAACCGAGGCUAACCUCUGGAUUGGGCCAUCGAUCAGUGCACUUUUGGCUGCCAUGGAAGCUGGGGCUUGUCUUAUCACGGGCGACGCGGCUCCCUCUGCAUACCUAGAGUGCUCUGACAAGGUCACUUCUCGAUUGGGAGCUGUCAGACCUUUCAUUGGCGUGGCGACACUCCGAGCGCUCGGAAUCACAUCUCUACCCGACAACCUGGUUGAAGAGGACCUGGGAGAAUUACUGACUAGAGUCCUCUACCGUCUUCGUUUUGCUGGCGAGCAGCGGCCAUUCGAUGCCGUGUCCGUUAUUUACAUGCUAUCCUUGAUUUUUGUGAUCCUGCGGAAGGGCGGCAUAGGAGCCGACGUCGAGGAACGAGAUACGCAGUUGGUUCUGGCGGUGGAGUUUCUCACCUCCCACACGCAUAUUUGUGCUGAUGAAACCAUUCCGAGGGCUGAUCUAAUCUCCAUACUGGUGUCAUCUAUGCAGCGGUAUAACCAGCACUACAAGAUCAUCAAGGAUUGUUUCUCAGACAUGGUGCGCUGUGUUGCUCCCAACAUCAACAGAACCGAGAUAUCCGUGCUCGUCAAGGGUACAAUUGUAGCGCAGGCCUCUGUUCGCGAGACGGUACUGCAAGCAAUCAGCGCCGAGGUCGACAUGAGCGAUCUGGACUUUUCGGAAGAAAUAUGGAUUGCUUGCCAUGACGACGUCGUGGAGAAUGCCGACCUCGGGCACGAUAUCUGGGACGAGAGCGGCUUCGAGAUAUUCAAGGACGUACCGUUCAAAAUGCUUUCGUAUGUUGAGAGCGAAGAUGUUCAGCUACGUAGAGCAGCAGCACGAUCCCUGGCCGAAGCGUGCAAAGCCUAUCCGGCCACGAUCGAGGACAUAUUGCAGAGGCUUCGCUCCUCGUAUGCAGAGUUGGCUAAGGCACGGGUGACCCAGCUGGAUCAGUAUGGGAUGCCCAGAAAGACGGACCUAUCUGAUCCCUGGGAGGCGCGGCAUGGUAUCGCUGUUGCUUUCAAGGAACUUGCUGCUCAUUUGCAGAAAUCGCAAAUCGACGACUAUUUCAGCUUCUUAAUCGAAGGCGGGCCGCUGGGAGACCAGAACGCCACGGUCCGUAGCGAGAUGCUCGAAGCUGCUAUUGUAGCCAUCGAUCUUCACGGCAAAGCGUUUGUGGAUAAGCUGAUGAAGACCUUCGAGCGCACUCUGGGGGCGCCAGACAAGGGCUCGGAUGCUGCAGACCGCGUCAACGAGGCUGUCAUCAUCAUGUACGGGGCUCUGGCUAGGCAUCUGAAGCCUGGUGACGCCAAGAUUCCGGUCGUCAUCGAAAGGCUGCUGGCUACCCUGAGCACCCCGUCCGAAACAGUACAAUACGCAGUUGCAGACUGCCUUCCACCUCUGGUCCGGUCCAGUGGCGACAAAUCAUCCAAAUACUUUAGCCAGGUGCUGGACACGCUUCUGACCUCCAAGAACUAUGCAGAGAAGCGCGGCGCUGCGUAUGGACUUGGUGGCCUAGUUCUUGGACGGGGUGUAUCGGUAUUGCGAGAUCAACGCAUCCUUAUAAGCCUCAAGAGCGCCGCGGAGAACAAAAAGGAGUCACAGCAACGCGAGGGAGCUUUUCUCGGGUUUGAGCUGUUGGCCACGAUACUUGGUCGACUAUUUGAGCCGUAUGCUAUGCAAAUCGUGCCUCAGCUUCUCACUGGUUUCGGCGACAACAGCGCAGAUGUGCGGGACGCGUGCUUAGCAGCUGCGAAAGCAUGCUUCGCCAAGCUAAGCUCAUACGGCGUGAAGCAAAUCUUACCAACGCUUCUCAACGGUCUCGACGACGACCAGUGGCGUAGCAAGCGUGGAGCCUGCGACCUGCUAGGUGCCAUGGCGUACUUGGAUCCCCAGCAACUAGCACAGAGCCUACCCGAUAUCAUACCACCACUUACCGGUGUUCUGAACGACAGCCACAAGGAGGUGCGAGCUGGGGCCAACAAGAGCUUGAAAAGGUUCGGCGAAGUUAUCGAGAACCCCGAGGUCAAGAGCCUGGUUGACAUCUUGCUCAAGGCUCUGAGUGAUCCGACCAAGUACACAGACACUGCUCUGGACGCUCUGAUCAAGGUCCAAUUCGUGCACUACCUCGACGCCCCCUCGCUAGCCCUUGUGACCAGAAUCCUUCAGCGAGGUUUGGGUGAUCGUUCCAAUACGAAGCGCAAGGCAUCUCAAGUUAUUGGUAGUCUCGCGCACUUGACGGAACGCAAAGACCUCAUGGCACAUCUCCCCGUGCUCGUCUCUGGACUCAAGGUGGCGGCAGUCGAUCCCGUUCCCACAACACGUGCAACCGCUUCACGCGCCUUGGGCUCACUCGUCGAGAAGCUUGGCGAAGAUGCUUUGCCAGAUCUCAUCCCCGGUCUUAUGCAAACUCUCAAGUCGGAUACCGGGGCUGGAGACCGUCUCGGCUCUGCACAAGCCCUCAGCGAGGUUCUGGCAGGCCUGGGCACUACGAGGCUGGAGGAAACCCUGCCCACUAUACUCCAGAAUGUGGAAUCAUCCAAGCCUGCCGUCAGGGAAGGAUUCAUGUCACUAUUCAUUUUCUUGCCGGUCUGCUUUGGUAACAGCUUCGCCAACUACCUCGGCAAGAUUAUUCCACCUAUUCUUGCUGGACUUGCAGACGAUAUCGAGUCGAUCCGCGAGACUGCCUUGCGAGCUGGUCGCCUCCUGGUCAAGAACUUUGCUUCGAGAGCUGUGGAUCUGCUACUUCCGGAGCUAGAGCGAGGACUAGCAGAUGACAGCUACAGGAUUCGUCUGAGCUCCGUCGAGCUAGUGGGUGACCUUCUCUUCAAUCUUACGGGCAUCACCGGUAAUGCGGACGCCGAAGACGAAGAGGAAAACGCGAAGGAAGCUGGUGCCUCCCUGCGGGAAGUCCUCGGAGAGGAGAAGCGGAACAAGAUCCUUUCUGCUCUGUACAUUUGCCGUUGCGAUACUGCAGGUGCCGUUCGCGCCGCUGCUAUAGCAGUGUGGAAAGCUCUGGUUGCUACGCCUCGAACCCUCAAGGAGCUCACGCCGACUCUCACGCAGCUCAUUAUUCGCCGGCUUGGCAGCUCUAAUAUGGAACACAAGGUGAUCGCCAGCAACGCCUUGGGAGAACUGAUCCGAAAGGCCGGCGACAGCGUCCUGUCAACCUUACUACCAACACUGGAGGAAGGCCUCCAGACAUCUACGGACAUAGAUGCCAAACAGGGCAUCUGCCUGGCAUUGAAGGAGCUGAUCGCAUCAGCCUCGGAAGAGGCUUUGGAAGACCACGAGAAGACGUUGAUAUCUGUCGUGCGGACUGCUCUCACAGACUCGGACGAGGACGUUCGGGAGGCUGCCGCCGAGGCCUUCGACUCGCUGCAGCAGAUCCUAGGCAAGCGCGCGAUUGAUCAGGUUCUGCCAUACUUACUCAACCUCUUGCGCACCGAGGAUGAAGCGGACAAUGCCCUUUCUGCUCUCCUGACACUCCUCACCGAGACAACGCGAUCCAACAUUAUCCUGCCAAACCUCAUUCCGACGCUAAUCACACCUCCGAUAUCAGCCUUCAACGCCAAGGCACUGGCAUCCUUGUCUCGGGUGGCGGGCACAGCCAUGAACCGACGGCUGCCGAACAUCAUAAACUCUCUCAUGGACAGCAUCGUUAAUACAAAGGACGAAGAACUCGGCAGCGAGCUAGAAAGCUCCUUCGACACCGUGAUCCAAUCCAUUGACGAAUAUGAUGGACUCAACACGGUCAUGAAUGUGCUUUUGCAGCUUGUGAAGAAUGACGAUCACCGUAAGCGUGCGGUCACUGCCGCUCGGCUUGCCAAGUUCUUCGCUAGUUCUGGGGUCGACUACUCGCGCUACAACCAAGACAUCAUCCGCGCUCUUCUUAUAUCAUUCGACGACCGAGACAAGGAGGUCGUCAAGGCAGCAUGGACAGCAUUCAGCGAGUUCACCAAGCACCUCAAGAAAGAGGAGAUGGAGGCUCUGGUGCCGUCCACGAGACAAACCUUGCUGCAAGUUGGUGUUGCCGGCUCGAAUCUUCCAGGCUUCGAAUUGCCGAAGGGCAUCGGCGCCAUCCUACCCAUCUUCCUCCAGGGUCUUAUGAAUGGUACCGCCGAGCAGAGAACUAGCGCGGCUCUGGCCAUCUCGGAUAUUGUCGACCGGACGAGCGAAAGCUCGCUCAAACCCUUUGUGACUCAAAUCACCGGUCCUCUCAUUCGUGUUGUAUCCGAGAGGUCCACGGAUGUGAAGGCCGCCAUUCUCCUUACCCUCAACAACCUGCUCGAGAAGAUGCCGACAGCCCUGAAACCAUUCCUUCCCCAGUUGCAACGAACCUUUGCGAGGUCGUUGGCGGACACGACCAGCGAGGUGCUGCGUUCGCGGGCUGCCAAGGCGCUGGGUACUCUGAUCAAGUUCACGCCACGUGUCGAUCCUCUGAUAGCAGAGCUGGUCACGGGGGCAAAGACAACAGAUGCCGGCGUCAAGGCGGCCAUGGUGAAGGCGCUGUACGAAGUCGUCAGCAAGGCAGGGGCCAACAUGGGCGAAAGCUCGCGGACGGCGGUGCUAGGGCUCAUCGACAUGGAGACCGAGACAAAGGAUGGAGCGAUGAUAGUAACGAAUGCCAAGCUACUGGCUGCACUCCUUAAGAAUGUGCCGGCCGAGGCGGCAUUCGGACUACUGAAGAAUCGUGUUGCCACCACUCACUUUACUGACGCGUCGGUGCUUGCUCUGAACGCCGUCUUUGUAGAGUCAGCGAAGAUCCUACUCGACAGUCCGUUGGCCGAGGACUUGCCCGAUCUCCUUAGCCAGGGCAUGUCGAACAAGAACCUCUUCGUCGCGGACAAUAGCAUCCUCGCAACCGGCAAAUAUCUGUUAUCAGAAUCGCCAAAGUCAUUCGAGAUGACCAAGCCCAUAUUCUCAAAACUGGCAGCCAUAAUUGGGCCCGGGAACCCGUCCGACUCCCGCCGUGUCGCGCUAGUCGUCGUGCGCACCGUCUCACGCGCAAAUAUGGACAUGGUCCGCCCACACUUGGCGCUGCUUGCGCCGCCGGUGUUCGCGUCGGUGCGUGACCCCGUGAUUCCGGUCAAGCUGGCUGCCGAGGCCGCCUUCGUCGAGCUGUUCGGUGUGGUCGAUGAGGAAGCCAAGGUGUUUGAGAAGUACAUGGGCGGCGCUGGAGGCGAACUCCCGGCCAACACCAAGAGGAGCAUGCAGGACUAUUUCAAGCGGGUGGCUAUACGGCUGGGUAACCAGGCCAGAGAGAGGAAAGAGGCCGAAGGCGGCCAAGGUGGAUUGGGACUGACCAAUGAUGAGGUUGAGGACGAGAAGGAGAUCUGGAGCGUAGGGGCCGUUGAGCUCGGAGGGGGCGUGUUCUCGCAGGAAUAG